CAGGCCAACAGGGGGCAAAAUGUCUUCGUGUCGCAAUAAAGGAGAAAACGGAGGGAAGAAUGAGACAUGAAAAUCUGCAGAACAUAGAAUGAACUGGAACUGAUAUAUGGUGCUAAUAUCCAUCUGACUCAGUGACUCUUUGUUUUUGUCACAUACAAAGGACCCCCUCAGUCCUACCAGCUGAAAGUUUCUGCAGCUCAGACCUGAAGAAAUCCAACAUCCUGCAGAAAAAGAUUUUGCACUAGCAUGUCUGUGUCAGUCAUCAUUAAGUGGGGCGGGCAGGAGUACUCCAUCAGUUCCCUGUCCGAGGAGGACACGGUGCUGGAUCUCAAGCAGUCCAUCAAGUCUCUCACAGGAGUUCUCCCUGAGCGCCAGAAGCUGCUGGGCCUGAAGGUGAAAGGUAAGCCGGCAGAUGAUGACACAAAGCUGGGCACCUUGAAGCUUAAGCCAAACACCAAGAUUAUGAUGAUGGGCAGCAGAGAGGAAAGCCUGGAAGACGUCUUGGCCCCACCUCCUGAAAACGAUGACGUGGUCAAUGACUUUGACAUUGAAGAGGAGGUGAUUGAGGUGGAAAAUAGAGAAGAGAACCUGGCUAAGAUAGCACGUCGUGUCAAAGAGUACAAAGUGGAGGAGUUAAACCCACCAAGAGAAGGGAAGAGAUUACUUGUUCUGGAUGUUGACUACACACUAUUUGAUCACAAGUCAUGUGCAGAGACGGGGCAGGAGCUCAUGAGGCCUUUCCUCCACGAGUUCCUCACCUCUGCCUAUGAGGAUUACGACAUCGUCAUCUGGUCUGCUACGAGCAUGAAGUGGAUCGAUGCCAAAAUGAAAGAGCUGGGUGUGACAGAUAACCCCAACUACAAGAUCACCUUCAUGCUGGACAGUGGAGCCAUGAUAACAGUGCACACACCUAAAAGAGGGAUUGUGGAGGUGAAGCCACUAGGAGUAAUAUGGGGAAAGUAUGGUGAGUUUUACAACAGAAAGAACACCAUCAUGUUUGAUGACAUUGGAAGAAACUUCCUCAUGAAUCCACAAAAUGGACUGAAGAUUAGGCCAUUUAUGAAAGCACACUUAAACAGAGAGAAAGACAAGGAGCUUCUCAAACUCUCUCAUUAUCUAAAAGAGAUUGGCAAGCUAGAUGACUUCUCAGGACUCAAUCACAAACACUGGGAAAGGUACCUCUCAAAGAAACAGAGCCAGUGAAGUUCUCAACAUAAGCUAGAAGCGCUGACCGUUCCUCAAGAACAAGCGGUGCUGGACACCCACAAGCCCUCAGCAAACAACCCCCUACCUACAGGCCAUCUUGCUCUUUCAUCUCUCCAUGCUCUCUUGUUCCUGGGGAAAAAAAAGGUUCGAAAUAUUCACCUUUACAGUCACACGUUGUUCUUUUUAAGCAAAUAACUGCAUCAACUGUAGCUAGCACAAGCAUGACCGUCUUCCCUCCCUUGAUCUUUUCUCCUGGCUUGCUGAUCAUUUUAUAUGGGCUGAAUGCCAUAUUGAGGUACUGAGCCUGCCUGAUCAACUCAGAGGGUGAACAGAAUGAUACAGUGGUACAGGUAUAAGAACUGGUGCCCUAUUUAUUUUCUACUUUUUGUCACUGAUAUCAGCCUGAAUUUUCCCCCAUUGUGCUUAUUGGCCAACAACAACGUGUCUUGCUUAGUGCAAGUGCAAUUACAUCUACAAACCUCAGAUCUACUGUCAGAGUUUCUUCUCUUCCUAGCAUUUCUUUCUUUAAAGGUUAAGCGUGCAGAGUUAAAAAUCUGUAGUGUUUUUGUAAGCAUCUAAUGUGCAACACAAAGCACAUACAGAUUGGGUCUGUUUGAAGGACUGUAGGACUGCACUGAUAAUGGAAUUGUAGGCAGAUGUUUCUGAUAUUUUCUGAUAUUUUACAUGUACAGUUGUGUGUACAUGUUGUGGGCACCCCUGUCAAACUCAUUUUUUUAAUUUACAGUGAAAACAAAUGAACACAUUACUGUUUAUUUGCUGAAUUUAACAUUCGGAUAAAAUAAAACAUAAUUUAUGAGCUGUGCAAACAUUAUGGCACAUUUAAUGUAUUUUUCCCCAGUGUGUUAAACUCAGCAACUAAGUGGAAAUUGUGCAUAUAUUUAAAUCUCUUGUUCUAACAUGUAUUCACUUUAAGGUUGACUGGGGGUGUUCAGACUUUUGCAUACAAUUGUAUUUGUUUAUGCUGAUGCAUAAACAUUUAGAACUUGGGACUACAUCUACUUGAAUUAGCAUCACAGAGAACUGUAAAAUGCAGACAUUUUAGCACAGAAGCCCAGCAUCAUGUUAACAUUCUGCUCUUCCAGAGUACAAUAAAUACACCAGUGUUGGGUUGGAAAAUCAGUCAAAUCUAAACCAGUGCUGCUCACUUUUUAAGCAGUUAUCUACUGAUACCGAUAUGUUUCCAAUAUUAUAGUCAAUGUCUAAUUUUCAGCAUUAGUUUCCCUUCAUGGUAAACUUAUUUAAAUUGAACUUUUUGAAUCAACUUUUCAGUUUGGCGAGCAUAUCUUCAGUUAAAAGAAACGUCACCACUGUUGUAUCAAAGCCUCAUAACAAAAACACCCGUUUUUAAAUUCUUAUUAUUUUGUUUACAUCAUGUGAAAACACUAGCUACCAUUAUAUUCAUGAUGAAGUGACCAAUAGGAAUGGCCCAAACAUUACUUGAAAGUGAACUUGGGAGAAGAAAAAAAAGGUAUCAUUUUGAAGAUAUGGGGUUUUGUUAUUUUAUUAUUUUUUGUUAUUUGACAUUUCCUUGUCUCUAAUCCUGGGACAUCAGUUAAAAACCACUACUUGUCCUCAAAGCUGAAAUGUUAUGAAUCAGAUGUGCUUACAGUUUACAUCUCACAAAAUCUUCCACUCUGUUGGAUAUUUUCUUUUUUCUAUGAACAUCUGUAGAGCUUUACUUAAUCUCAGUAUCACUUUACUUGAACCCUGCACCACUACUGUUGCCAGUAAUGGUCAUGAUAGAUGCCGAGCUGUUGUUAAUGGCAUGGUUAUGUCAGUAUUACGCAUCAGGGUUCAAAUGAAGUGUUACCAUCACCCGUCAGAAGGCAUAGUAGCAGGAGUUGUUUCUCAAAAAUGGCAUGCUAAUUGGAGGACAGGCAGCAUCUAAAGGUUUACAUAACAUUUUUCUAGUUGGACUAUGAGAUAUUUAUUAUUGAAUUAGUUAAUAACUCAUUCAUAGUUUUUGUUGAGCAUUAAGUUUGUGUUGAUUGCCAGCUUUUUUUUUUCCUUUCUGACUCUUGACUGAGUCAGCCAGCAAAUAAAUGCAAGAACAAGCUGUUUUGAAGACUGACAUUUUUAUACCUAUGUGACAUUGAAACUUGUAUUUUGAGUUUUCCGUUUGAUUUUUGGAUGGAAUUUGGAAUCUUACCAUCUGUAUUUACUUACCUCAAGUCGCUAGUUGUCCCCUCGUGGCCCUAGUCGUGUAUUUUCUCAUUCAUUUGAACAGAUGUGGGCACUGAAUUUAUGGAUGCAACUCAAGUGUAAAUAAAAUGGAAAUGAUUUUAUAAUCA